AUGCCUGCAAUAGCCUUUGGACGCUUCGAUGAUUCUUUUAGUUUAGGCUCUUUGAAGGCCUACCUUGCUGAGUUCAUCUCCACCUUGCUCUUCGUCUUCGCCGGAGUUGGUUCCGCCAUAGCUUAUGGAAAGUUGACAUCUGAUGCUGCUCUUGACCCGGCUGGGCUUGCGGCUGUGGCUAUUUGCCAUGGAUUCGCUCUCUUUGUGGCGGUCUCCAUCGGAGCCAACAUCUCCGGUGGUCAUGUUAAUCCCGCCGUCACCUUUGGGUUGGCUCUUGGGGGACAGAUUACUAUCAUCACCGGCUUCUUCUACUGGAUUGCCCAGCUUAUUGGAUCCAUUGUGGCAUGCUACCUCCUCAAAAUUGUCACCGGAGGCUUGGCAAUUCCAAUCCACAGUGUGGCCUCUGGUGUAGGAGCUAUUGAAGGAGUUGUUAUGGAGAUCAUUAUCACUUUUGCUUUGGUUUACACAGUCUAUGCCACAGCAGUUGACCCAAAGAAAGGUUCAUUGGCAACUAUUGCCCCCAUGGCCAUUGGUUUCAUUGUUGGUGCCAACAUUUUGGCUGCAGGCCCGUUCUCCGGUGGAUCGAUGAAUCCAGCCCGCUCCUUUGGGCCUGCAGUGGCUAGCGGGGACUUCCACGACAACUGGAUCUACUGGGUUGGACCACUCAUUGGCGGUGGCUUAGCCGGACUCAUCUAUUCCAAAGUGUUCAUGUGCCAUGAACAUGCUCCUCUCUCUAGUGACUUCUAA